GGAAAAUUUUAUAUAUUCACGACGAUUCAAGGCUAAAACGUAAUUUUGUAAAAUGUCUGUGACCUUUGCUCAACGCGGCAGACCAUCUCUAACGCCAGCACAGAUACAAAAGAUGCUCGAUGAAAACAGUCAACUAAUACAGACUAUUCAAGAGUAUCAAAGUAAAGGCAAACCGCAAGAAUGUAUACAGUAUCAACAACUGUUGCAUCGUAACCUUGUGUAUUUGGCAUCUAUUGCAGAUGCUAAUCAAAAUAUACAAGCAUUGCUUCCGGUAAUAUAUCCACCACAAGGAAUUCCAAAUGGACCACAACAUCCGAUAAUCAGUCCACAAGGGCUUCCAAGUGGUCCAGGAAAUUCAGCUGGUCCAGGAGCAGAUAUGCCUCCUAAUACGCAACCGACAUUACCAAUGUCUAAUUUUAAUCAAGGACAACCUAUGACGCAGGGUGGUUAUCGAGGACCUGUAAUGCCUGGUCAAGGCCCUGCUAUUAACAGACCUACUGCUGCACCUGGACCUCAACAAUAUAGAGGCGGUCCUCAAUACUCACAACAACCAACACAGCAAGCAUAUCCUGCUCAAUAUGCUAAUCAAAAUCCAGGGUCUAAUUAUCAAGGACCCCAAGGAGCUGCAUAUACGCCUGGUCAACCAAAUCAAUAUGGGCCACCAAAUGCAUCUCAGCCACAAGGAUAUAAUACAUCUUCGCAGCCAAAUUAUGGGCCUCCAACAACAGUAAAUAGCUAUGGUCCACAACCAGGUUAUCCUCCUCCAGGAUCAACUCAGCCACCUGCUGGAUAUGGACCUCCCCCACCAAAUCAACAAGGCUAUCCUCCUUCUAAUACAUCUCAACAAAACUUCCAAUCUGGUGGUCAACAACAACAAACUGGACAAUAUGGAAAUCCAAGUCCACAACCAAACUAUCAACAAGCUCCAUCACAACCCCCACCACAAAAUGCAUACGGAGCUGGCCAACCAGGAACUUAUCCUCCACCUUCCUCUCAAGCUUAUGCCAAUAAUGUAUCUCCGCAAAACUAUCCACCUCCUCCUACAUCUAGCACAGCUCAACCCUCACAACCAGGCUCACAGCAAACUUCUGGACCUCAAUCCAGUUACGGUAAUCAAUCAAGUCCUGGUCCUGGUCCAACACAAUAUGGUCCAGCUUCUACCUCUCCUCCAUUUAGUACUGCGGCAGCAAGUGCUGCUAAUACAUAUGCUCAAAGUAGUCAACCAACUAGUACACCAUCUGCUUCCACACAGACUUAUUCACCAAGCAGUGGUCCACCCCCUACAUCUCAGGGUGGAAACUAUGCUCCUGUUCCAACGCCUUCUGUUUAUCCAGUUCAUCAAACGCCUCAUCCAAGCUCUCAUCCAUCACAUCCAUCUUCACAUCAAUCGCCAAUCGCUAAUACAUAUGUUCAAAGUAGUCAACCAACUAGUACGCCAUCCGCUUCCACACAAACUUAUUCGCCAAGUAGUGGCCCACCACCAACAUCUCAAGGUGGGAAUUAUGCUCCUGUUGUACCCACAUCUUCCGUCUAUCCAGUUCAUCAAAAUCCUCAUCCUAAUUCUCAUCCGAACCAUCCACCUUCUCAUCAAUCACCUCAUCAACCUCCUCAUACUCCACACCAACCUCCCCAUCAACCAUCUCAUCAACCACCAUCUCAUCAACCUUCUCAUCAACCUCCUCCACAGUCUCAACAACAAUCUCAAAAUCCUCCACAAUCACAGCAGCAACAAUCCCCAAGUCCUGCUUCAAGUGGAUUUCAACCAUCAUCCGGUCCACCCCAGGGCCCUGCACCACCACCGGGACCCCAACCGCAACCAGGAUAUGGACCUGCAACAACACAAACAUAUGUCCCACCAACUCCUGGGGGCCAGCCACAGGUUUACACCCCACAUCCGCCACAGGGAGGUCAACAUUAUGGGCAUCCCCAAUAUCCUCCACAAAGUUAUCCACCUCCACCAACAGGACAAGGUUAUCCACAAUACCCACCACGACCACCCGGUGGACACAUGCCUCCUCCACCAGGACCACAAGGACCACCACCACCUAAUCAGUAUGGAGGAUAUGGAUAUCAACCUCCUCCACAAUAGAACAAACUAUAGUUAAAAGAAAAGAAGAAACAAACAUGAAUGUUUUACUCUCUAUCUCUGUCUCUUUCUCUAUCUCUAUCUUUAUUUUUAUCUCUAUAUUUGAGAAAUAUUUUUUGUAAAAUUUUAUUUUUACCGCAUUGAACAUACAGAGUAUUAUUGUUGAAGAAAA